CGCGGGGCCGCGGAGGGACGUGUGACGGCAGUAGGAUAUUGCGACCUGCCGGCCUCGCCCUGCAGACCCUCAGCGCAUCGUCGCGUCUCCCCAUGCCAGGAGUUAUGCUGCAGAGAAGUGUGCUUUUGUGGCUUGCUGUCUUGAUAACCCUGUGGGUUGCCUCAUAUGCUCAGGAUGGUGACAAGGAAGAGGAGACUACCUUUGAUUUACUUCAAAUCAGUAACAUAAACCGCAAAACAGUUGGAGCAAAAUUGUUCCGAGGUCCAGACCCCUCUGUCCCAGCGUACCGUUUCAUUCGAUUUGACCACAUCCCUCCAUGCAAACCAGAGAAGUUAAAAAAGAUUGUGAAACUCAUACGGCAGAAUGAGGGCUUUAUCCUUUCAGCCACCUUGAGACAGGACAGGCAAUCUAGAGGCACUAUCCUUGCUUUAGAGGGUCCUGGAAUCAGUGAGAGGCAGUUUGAGAUCAUUUCCAAUGGCCGGGCUAACACCCUGGACCUUAUCUAUUGGGUGGAUGGUUUCCAGAAUGUGAUUUCCCUGGAAGAUGUGGACUUGGCUGACUCACAGUGGAAGAACCUCACCGUGCAAAUAACAGGGGAGAACUACAACCUCUAUGUUGGCUGUGACCUUAUUGACAGUUUCAUCCUUGAGGAGCCUUUCUAUGAGCAGCUGAAAGCAGAGAACAGCAGAAUGUAUGUGGCAAAAGGGUCCAUUCGGGAGAACCAUUUCAGGGGUUUUUUGCAAGAUGUUCACUUAAUCUUUGAUACUUCAAUAGAGGAUUUUCUGCGUAAAAAAGGAUGCCAGAGAAGCCAGUCAACUGAAGUGAACACCAUCAACGAGAGCACAGAAAUCCUUCACUUGAGCCCUGCUGUCACAACCGAGUACGUGGGUGAGAAACCAGAGAAGAAGGCUGAGUUCUGUGACCGCUCCUGUGAAGAGCUAGGAACGAUGUUCACAGAGCUCACAGGCCUGCGCAUUGUGGUGAACAACUUAGCUGACAACCUCCAAAAAGUGUCUGAAGAAAAUCAAAUUAUGUGGGAAUUGAUAGGGCCUAACAAAACACUGAAGAACCAGUCAGUGUGCUGGCAGGAUGGCCGUGUCUUUGCAGACAAUGAAAGCUGGAUUGUAGAUAGCUGCACCAAGUGCACCUGUCAGGAUUCUAAAAUUGUGUGCCAUCAAAUCACCUGCCCAGCAGUCUCCUGUGCCCAUCCAUCUUUUGUUGAAGGUGAAUGCUGUCCAGUCUGCUCUCACUCUGAUGACAGUGAAGAAGGCUGGUCACCAUGGUCAGACUGGACAAAGUGCUCAGUCACCUGUGGCUCUGGGACUCAGAUGCGAGGAAGGUCUUGUGAUGUCACCAGGAGUGCUUGUACAGGCCCACACAUCCAGACGAGGAUGUGCAGCUUUAAGAAAUGCGACCAUCGCAUACGUCAAGAUGGAGGCUGGAGUCACUGGUCUCCCUGGUCUUCCUGUUCAGUUACCUGUGGAGUAGGAAAUAUCACCCGUAUUCGCCUCUGCAAUUCCCCUAUCCCACAGAUGGGUGGGAAAAACUGUGUAGGAAAUGGACGUGAAACAGAGAAGUGUGAGAAAGUUCCAUGUCCAGUGAAUGGCCGGUGGGGUCCUUGGUCUCCGUGGUCUGCCUGCACUGUUACUUGUGGAGGAGGAAUUCGUGAGAGGUCUCGACUCUGUAACAGUCCAGAGCCACUCUAUGGAGGAAAGCCAUGUGUUGGAGAUACUAAGCAACAUGAUAUGUGCAAUAAAAAGGAUUGCCCAAUUGAUGGAUGUUUGUCAAAUCCUUGCUUUCCUGGAGCAGAAUGCAAUAGUUACCCAGAUGGGUCUUGGUCAUGUGGGCCAUGCCCUGCAGGGUACCUUGGAAAUGGUACUGUCUGUGAGGAUCUUGAUGAGUGUAUAGCUGUGUCAGAUGUUUGCUUUAAGGUGAAUCAGGUCCACCGCUGUGUGAACACAAAUCCAGGAUUCCACUGCUUACCAUGUCCUCCACGCUAUAAAGGAAGUCAGCCCUAUGGAGUGGGGCUGGAAGUUGCCAAGACAGAGAAGCAAGUCUGUGAACCUGAGAAUCCAUGCAAAGACAAGACACACAGCUGCCACAAGUCUGCAGAGUGCAUCUACCUGGGCCAUUUCAGUGACCCUAUGUACAAAUGUGAGUGUAGAACUGGUUAUGCUGGUGAUGGACGCAUCUGUGGCGAAGAUUCAGAUUUGGAUGGCUGGCCUAAUAAUAACUUGGUCUGUGCUGCUAAUGCAACUUACCAUUGUGUGAAGGAUAACUGUCCACUUCUGCCUAACUCUGGCCAAGAAGACUUCGAUAAAGAUGGCAAAGGAGAUGCCUGUGAUGAGGAUGAUGACAAUGAUGGUGUUGAAGAUGAUAAAGACAAUUGCCCACUUCUGUUCAACCCUCGACAGUUUGAUUAUGACAAGGAUGAAGUCGGUGACCGCUGUGAUAAUUGCCCUUACGUGCACAACCCAGCUCAGAUUGACACAGAUAAUAACGGGGAGGGUGACUCAUGUGCUGUGGAUAUUGAUGGAGAUGACAUUUUUAAUGAACGAGAUAAUUGUCCCUACGUCUACAACACAGACCAGACUGAUACAGAUGGUGAUGGAGUUGGUGAUCAGUGUGAUAAUUGUCCAUUAAUGCAUAAUCCAGAUCAGACCGAUGCAGAUAAUGACCUUGUUGGUGACCAGUGUGACAACAAUGAGGACAUCGAUGAAGAUGGUCACCAGAACAACCAAGAUAACUGCCCUUACAUCCCCAAUGCUAACCAGGCUGACCAUGAUAAAGAUGGCAAAGGAGAUGCCUGUGAUCCUGAUGAUGACAAUGACGGUGUCCCAGAUGACAGAGACAACUGUCGCCUCAGAUACAAUCCUGAACAGGAGGAUUCUGAUGGUGAUGGCAGAGGUGAUAUUUGCAAAGAUGACUUUGACAAUGACAAUGUCCCAGAUAUUUAUGAUGUAUGCCCUGAAAACAAUGCCAUCAGUGAAACUGAUUUCAGAAAGUUCCAGAUGGUCCCCCUGGACCCCAAGGGAACAGCUCAGAUUGAUCCCAACUGGGUUAUUCGCCACCAAGGCAAGGAAUUGGUACAGACUGCCAACUCUGAUCCUGGAAUAGCUGUAGGUUACGAUGAGUUCACCUCUGUUGACUUCAGUGGGACAUUCUAUGUUAACACAGACCGUGAUGAUGAUUAUGCUGGCUUUGUAUUUGGCUACCAGUCCAGUAGUCGAUUUUAUGUUCUGAUGUGGAAGCAGGUCACUCAGACCUACUGGGAGGACAAACCUACUAGGGCAUAUGGUUAUUCUGGUGUGUCACUCAAAGUAGUGAAUUCAACAACUGGUACUGGUGAACACUUGAGAAAUGCUCUCUGGCACACAGGAAACACCCCUGGACAGGUGCGUACGUUGUGGCACGAUCCCAAGAACAUUGGCUGGAAAGAUUAUACUGCUUACAGGUGGCAUUUGAUUCAUAGGCCAAAAACAGGAUUAAUAAAAGUUUUAGUGUAUGAGGGAAAGCAAGUCAUGGUGGAUUCUGGACCAAUCUAUGAUACAACCUUCGCUGGUGGACGGUUAGGUCUUUUUGUCUUCUCUCAAGAGAUGGUCUAUUUCUCUGACCUCAAAUAUGAAUGCAGAGAUGCUUGAGCCACGGUUGCUGCAUUACCAGCAAAGUACUGUAAAUGCUAUGCAACUUAGACACCUCAGUACAUCCUGGUACUCCCAGUUUCUAUUUUUGUGUACCUCCUGUCCUCUGUCCUCAUGCUCCACUCACCAGGUACCUCCCUGAUGCCGGGAGUACCUCAGCCAUCCCUCUACCAAAGUGCCUUCUUACAGCCAGGACUAAUGAAACCUAAACUUGAGCAUCCAACCCACCACUGAAGCAAAAGCAGAUUGAUACAUGAGAACUUAGCAAAAUGUGUUUGUUUGCCUUUUUUAGGGAAUGACGUUUACAUAUAAAAAUGUAAUUACUUGAUGUAUUUAUAUAUAUAUGGGGAAAAUGAGGGGAGUGAUGGUUAUCUGUCAUUGUCUUUAAGUGAGGAAAAAUGUGUUUGAAUAAAUUUAGGUGUAUGGUUGACACUUCCUUGAUCUAAUCAGGGCUGGUCUUCAGUAACUCAAAGCCUCUGGGUCUAAUUUUAGCAAAGUAAUGAAGAGCCACACCAACAGUCUCCAUAGUAAUGAUAAAAAUACCCUUGGAUAAUAAAGUAAAUUAUGAACAUUUUUUUAUCCAAAAGUAUCUUCUGUAGCUGGUGAGAAUGGUCUUAAUAACAACAGCCAUUAAAAUUAGAGUUGGUAGAAAUAUUGAGUUUGCUGCCUAAAGUAUUGUCUAAUAGAGGCUUAAUUCAGGCCAGGCAGAACUGAACUAUAGAGUCCCGUGUGAAAGGGAAGAUGAUUCAUCUGUCACUAUUGGCUGACUUUCAAAGAACUGAGUUGUUCCAUUUCCAUCAUAUUUUGCAUUUCUUUGCAAUAAAGAAUAUACCACGGUCAAGUGGAGCAAAGAUGAACCUGAAUCACUUUCCCACCUCUGCUGCAAAAAGCACUUUGACAUCUUGAAUCCUGAGAUGUGGGUUUCUGAAAGCGUGGCGACGCCACUGUUACCUGAUUUGGUAACAUACGAAUUUAAGGUUCCAUUUAUAAAUAUUUGUAGUACGUGUUAUGGUUAUCACUCUGAGCUCUGCCUUCUCUGAUAAUUUAUUUUAAAGCAUGUCAUAUAAUGCAUCACUAAUACCUUCACAAAUAACGAUAUUUUAAAGCUAUUUUUUACAGCAUAUCACACUAUGUAGAUAUUGUCAAAGCAUGGUAGACACUUAAGUAUAGAUUCAUGGAUUAUAUUCAUGUAUGCUUUAAAGUUAAAUGAAUAAGAAUAAUAAUAAUUAAUUUAUAAAUGGAACCUUAAUAUAUGUCCAGUUACCCUAAUUUUAAUAUUUUAUGUUGUUACCUAUGUCUGCUGUAUAUAGAACUCCUUAAGUAAUGCUGGAGGGAUACCAGUGUUUAUUCUAAACAGAUACAUUUACUCAGAUAUACAAUAGUAUAAACAUGUUUAAAUUUCUCUUCUUUAAGUUGUAUGAGCUUUGUCCACAAACAGAACACAUGCUGGUGUAAUUUUAUUCACAGAUGGGUUAACUAAUGGAAUAAUACAGUACCUCUGCAUUCUUAAAGGGCACAGUAAGCAAAAUGUUGAAUCAAUUUUUUUCUCCCUUCAAAUAGAUUUUAUCGUUGUAUUCAUUAGAAAGGAAUCCACAGUUGCUGGCUUUAUUGCACAUUUUACAAUGUUCAUAUUAGCAAAUCUUUCUUCUUCUCGAUUUUGUUUUGUUGCUGAUUUCAUUUGUCAUUUGUUUUGUUGAGUCCUCUUUAUGAGGUUUUUAAAUGCUUCCAUUUCUUCCUCUUGGUGUUUCAAAUUAUAUCCCCAAGUCUCAAGCUAAAGGGAGGGCAACUUCAUUAAAUGUAAUGCUUGUAAUGGCUGUGUAGGGUUUUUUGUUUUGCCAGAGAGAGACAUCAGUAUGGGGGUGAAGAUGUUAAUAUUUGAACUGUAUCAUAAUUUUCCUAUUCUAUGUAAAUUAUUUAUGAUGUUUUUUAUUUUCUUUCUUUCAUUUUUUUUUUCCUUGCAAGUGUGUGUGAGAGAAGUGAGACCAAUGGAACUUCAUUUUGUUUUGCCAAAGAUUGUAAAUAACUAUUUAUUUUUACGUGGACGAAAAGUUAUCAUCUAACGUCCUUACUCAUUUAGUUAGAUCCUCAUUUAUAUAUAUAUAUAUAUAAAAAAUAUAUAUUUUAAGAAAUUACUGAUAGGAAAUAAACUGUAAAAAGGUUUUAUAUUAAAAAAAAAACUCUUUACCUUUUUUAUACUUAAAAUGUUUCUUUUGAAAAUAUACUUCAUUCCCCGAAGCCCUCAAUUAAAAGCCUCUUAAAUGUUGCUACGAACCAGUUCACUUCAAGCAAACAUGAAAAGCUGUUCUCCAAGGUUCUAGAUAGCAAGUUUCCUAAUCUCUGUGAAAGGUAUCAUUUGCCAUGAAGUCUUUACCUGGUGAACUCUCCCAAGUUUUAUUUAUGGCAUUGUGUCACUGAGUAAUGCUUUUGUGUGAGAUGAACUGGUGCACACAUCCUUUAUCUCAUGUUCUUUGUAUUGUGUCUUGGCUAAUAUGUUUGAAGAAGUAUCUGCUUCUUGCUGUGAGUCCCAUCUGGGUUCUGUUGGUGUGAGUGAGGACUGUCUUCCUGAUGGAGAAUUGCAGGAGCCAGUGAAUUGUCAAUAACCAAAUACAAGAAAAAACAACUAGCAUGAGAGAUCUCUGCCAUCAGUGUGAACUGCUGUCUGGAAGGGGAAUUUGGAUCAGGAAAAGUAAUAAUGCUCAGCUUGUCAAAAUACUGAUUCUGAAUUGUUCACUCAGGUCAUAUCCUCUUAUAAAUAUCUCAGCUAUUAACUUUUCUUGACCUUAUAAAUAUUCCAACUCUUCACUUUUCUUGGCUGUACCAACAUCCCAGUUAUUAGGUUUCCUUGCCUUUUGGUUCCAGUGUGGAUAUUCAGGACAUUACACAAGAAAGUCAUAUGGUCUUCAGCACAAUCUUUUGAUGAGUCCCUUACAAGACUGAAUGUUUGUAUUUGCUAGAGAGGUGCAUUUCUUCCAUUUAUGCUGCAAGGGCAUCAAUGACUGACAUUAUUCAGAGAAUAAAGUGAUCAAGAUCUUGUUAUCCCCAUUCUCAAGAGUUCCAUUUAAAUCUCAUAUGGAUCUGCAAGAGAGUUUAGAGCAUGAACACUUAAUGAUGAGUUGAAAGAAAAAUGUAAAUCCCUUCAUGGCAACUAAACAAACCUCCAAGAAACAGACCCAGGGAAAUAAAACAAAUGGAUACAUGGGAAACUGUAACAGCAGCACUUCUGUAUGAAUAUGAGGUCUGUAAGAAAAACAGAGGGAAAGGCUAAACCCUCAAAUGCUGUGCUGUGAAUGAGCAGAUUCACGUAAAGCAGUUACAUGCUCUGACUUCUGCCCAUUGUUCUAA